GUGUGGUGAAACAGUCACCAAACGAGAACAGUUUAAUGACCUCUCCAUUGACCUUCCUCGAAGAAAGAAGUUGCUUCCUUCUCGAUCAAUCCAAGAUUCGCUUGACCUCUUUUUUCGGGCAGAGGAGAUCGAGUAUUCCUGUGAGAAGUGCAAUGGAAAGUCUGCCGUUGUCACACACAAGUUCAACAGGCUUCCCAGGGUCCUGAUUCUUCAUCUGAAACGAUACAGCUUCAAUGUAGCAUUGUCUCUCAAUCAUAAAGUUGGGCAGCAGGUGGUUAUUCCAAGAUAUUUAACCCUGCUUUCACACUGUACGGAAAGCACUCGGCUGCCACUGACGCUGGGAUGGAACGUCCAUUCUGCAAUUUCCCGUCCGUUGAAAGCCUCCCAAAUGGUGAAUUCCUGUACUAUAAGCACUUCCACACCUUGUAGAAAAUACACUUUCAAGUCAAAGAGCUCUGCAGCACCCUGUGUAGAUUCUGACAGUGAUGAUGAGCCGUUGAAACGCUCUGUUGCUCAUAGCCAAAGGUUGUGUAACAUUCAGAGUAGAGAUCAGCCACAACUGCAAGAAGAGCCAGAAAAGGGUUCAAAACGAAGUAAAAUGGAGGGUGACAAACCUGAGCUGGGUAAUGCUGGUUUUGAUGGGAUGAGCGAAGAUGAGCUGCUAGCAGCUGUCUUAGAGAUUAGCAAAAGGGAAGCUUCUCUGUCUCUGAGCCAUGAUGAAGAUAAGCCCACAAGCAGCCCAGACACUGGUUUUGGAGACGAGGAAAUUCAGGAACUGCCAGAAAACCUGGAAUCUAUGGAGAUGGAGAAACCCAAAGCAGCAUUAGACUCAGGUCCUGCCAAUUUCACCGAGAUAACUAAAGAUUUUGAUGAGAAUAAGGAAAACAAAACUCCAGAAGGCUCCCAGGGGGAGGUUGACUGGCUCCAACAGUACGAUAUGGAGAGAGAGAGGGAAGAACAAGAACUUCAGCAGGCACUGGCUCAAAGCCUUCAAGAGCAAGAGGCACGAGAACAAAAAGAGGAUGAUGACCUUAAACGAGCCACGGAAUUAAGCCUACAAGAGUUUAACAGCUCUCUCCUGGACAGCGUUGGUUCUGAUGAAGACUCUGGGAAUGAGGAUGUUCUUGACAUGGAGUAUUCAGAAGCUGAAGCAGAAGAGCUGAAAAGAAAUGCUGAGACAGGAGAGCUUCCUCACUCCUAUCGUCUCAUCAGCAUCGUCAGCCAUAUCGGAAGCACAUCAUCUUCAGGUCAUUAUAUCAGUGAUGUCUAUGAUAUCAAGAAGCAGUCCUGGUUCACCUACAAUGACCUGGAAGUGUCUAGAACUCUAGAGGCCACCGUUCAGUGUGACAGAGACCGAAGUGGUUACAUCUUCUUCUACAUGCACAAGGAUAUCUUCGAUGAGUUACUAGAAACAGAAAAAAAUGCACAGCCACUUAGCAUGGAAGUAGGAAGAUCAGUUCGUCAGCCUCUGUGAAGAGUGAAACACCUUGUUCCUCCUGAGGAACAAGGAAGAUUCUGAACUUGUGCCAGACACACAGGAGCAACAAACAGCUCAGGGCCAAAACAAGAGACAAAGGCAGAAAUAUGGGACGCUCGGUUUGUUGAACCAUCUGUGCAAGUCCUGGGCCUGAACCACGCGUGUACACCUUGACAUCCCAGAGCGAUCCUCCUGUGGUGAAGUUUUUAUUGUUCCUCAAAUGAUUUUGUCAGCAUGGAGCCUUAAAGAGUUGUAUCAAGCCACAAGACUACAGCUGCUCGUAAACUGAUUUAAAAAAAAAAAAGUGCAAAAAGAGACUCAACUUUAAAAGCCCAUUCACCUGUGAGAUGAGUG